AUGAGUAGGCAUCAACCUCUGACAACCAUAGAGGACACAGGGAGUAGCAAGUCCUGGGGAAACAGCCAGGACCCUCCAGAAGAAGCUGCUUCUGCAUCCACGCUACCCUGCCAUAGGCUAAGCAUUCAUCAAGUUUCCUAUACUGUCAGCAAUCGUGUUGGACCUUGGUGGGACUUUGGUUCAUGUCGGAAAAAAUGGAGCAGGCAGAUCCUCAAAGACAUCUCUUUGUAUGUUGAGAGUGGGCAGAUCCUGGGGAUUUUAGGAAGUUCUGGCUCUGGGAAAACGACUUUGCUAGAUGCCAUAUCUGGAAGACUAAGACGCAAAGGGACCUUCUUUGGAGAAGUGUGUGUGAAUGGGCAGCUGUUGAAAAGAGAGGAAUUUCAAGACUGCUUCUCCUAUGCCCUACAGAAUGAAACUUUGCUGGGUAACCUCACAGUACAAGAGACACUGUCCUAUACUGCACUACUGGCCAUUCGUGAAAGCUCUAAAGACUUUCAAAAAAGGGUCAAGGCAGUAAUGGCAGAAAUGAGCCUCAACCAUAUUGCUAAUAGAUUGAUUGGGACACAAGCCUUUGGGGGAAUUUCCAAUGGUGAAAGGCGCCUAGUCUCCAUCGCAGCCCAGCUCCUUCAGGAUCCCAAAGUAAUGUUGUUUGACGAGCCAACCACAGGGCUGGACUGCAUGACAGCAAAUAGAAUUGCAGUGCUGCUUUCUAAACUGGCCCACAGAAAUCGGAUAGUGAUCCUCACCAUCCACCAGCCCCGCUCGGAGCUGUUCCAGCUGUUUGAUAAAAUUGCCAUCAUGAGCUGUGGAGAGUUGGUUUUCUGUGGGGCGCCAAUGGAAAUGAUCGAUUUCUUCAAUGACUGCAACUAUUCUUGUCCUGAACACUCAAAUCCGUUUGAUUUUUAUAUGGACUUGGCAUCAGUUGAUACCCAAAGUAAGGAACGAGAAAUAGAAACCUACAAGAGAGUGCAGUUGAUUGGAUCUGCCUAUAAAGCUUCCAGAAUUUAUCAACAAACUUUGGAGGAUAUAAAAAGAGUAAAACAACUGAAAACAUUACCACCAGUUCCUUUUAAAACCAAGAAUUCUCCUGGAUCCCUCAUCAAACUGGGCAUCCUCUUGAGGAAAAUAACAAGAAACUUGUUCAGAAGUAAAAUAGCUGUGAUUGCACGACUCUGGCAGAAUUUCCUCAUUGCUUUGCCUCUGAUAUUUUUUAUCCUUCGACUGAGGAAUGAUGUGCUAAAAGGCGCUGUUCAGGACCGAGUGGGCCUUCUGUACUCCUGUGUGGCAUCAGCACCAUAUACUGGCAUGCUCAAUGCUAUUGCUUUCUUUCCUGCUUUACGGGCUGUCAGUGACCAACAGAGCCAAGACGGUUUAUAUCAGAAGUGGCAGAUGCUGUUGGCCUACAUACUGCAUAUACUUCCCUUCGCUCUCAUCAGUAUGGUGAUUUUCAGCAGCGUGUUGUAUUGGACUGUGGGCUUGUACCCCGAGGCAGCCAGAUUUGGAUAUUUCUCUGCUGCUCUCUUGGUUCCCCAUCUAGUUGGUGAACUUGUAACCCUUGUGCUGCUUGGCGUGGUUCAGAACCCCAAUAUAGUCCACAGUGGAGUGGUAUUGCUGUGCUCUGCUGGGAUCCUUGUUGGGUCUGGAUUUUUGAGGAACAUAAAUCAAAUGCCCAUUCCUUUUAAAAUCCUCAGUUACUUUACGUUUCAAAAAUAUACCUCUGAGAUUCUAAUAGUCAAUGAGUUUUAUGGCCUGAAUUUCACUUGUGGUAAUUCAAAUGGAUCAGAGGGAAAUCCACUCUGUCUCUUCAAUCAAGGAAAUCUGUUCAUCGAAAGAACCUGUCCAGGUGCAACAUCGAGAUUCACAACUAACUUUCUCAUUUUGUAUUCAUUCAUCCCUGUUCUUGUCAUUUUGGGAAUAAUUGUGUUCAAGAUAAGAGAUCGCUUGAUUAGCAGAUAAUAACAAAUGCUGCCACUAAAAAAAAAAAAUGAACUCCUACUUGCUGCCACUAAAAAAAUGGAAUUCCUGCUUCUAGAUAAACAAGAAUGGUUUAAAAAACUGAAGACUGAAAAUCUGUAAGAUAAAUGUAUUUAACAAUUUUUGAAAUGAGACUUCCAUGAGUUUCAUUCUUGAUGGCAUCAGGAUCUUGGAGACUGUGAUCCAGCUGUGGUUAUGUGGGCCUCUGGCAACUGGGGAAAGAGCUCCUGGUCGCCAUUAUUCCACCCAUGAGAGGUUGAAGUACAUGGAAAUUUUGACUGGAAACAUUUGACUAUGAAAUGUAAAUAAUGACAAUUCACGAGAAGGCAUCAUUGUUCUUGUUCUGUACAGAGAAAAGGGUCAUUAAAAAAAGAGGAACAGAGCACGGUGAUGUGAUGUUAAUAUUUAUCACACUCUUUAACAAAGCUGUCUGUGGAAAGAAAUGGUCUGAAUGAUUGGC